GGGGAGUGGGGGGGGGGGGGAGCACAUGUGAAUACGUUUGGGAGAGAGAGAGGCGAGGAAACCGUCGCCAUAUGCCGAGCGGAUUCUACAUGUGAAAACCAUGGGAAGCUCACAUCUCCUCAACAAAGGAAUGCCUCUAGGCAUCAGGCCACCCAUCAUGAACGGACCGAUGCACCCGCGGCCCCUGGUGGCUCUGCUGGACGGGCGAGACUGCACAGUGGAGAUGCCCAUCCUGAAGGACAUCGCCACCGUGGCCUUCUGCGAUGCCCAGUCCACACAGGAGAUCCACGAGAAGGUGCUGAAUGAAGCUGUGGGGGCAUUGAUGUAUCACACCAUCACUCUGAUGAGAGAAGACCUGGAGAAGUUCAAAGCUCUCCGCAUCAUUGUGCGCAUCGGUAGCGGCUAUGACAAUAUUGACAUCAAGUCUGCGGGCGAACUUGGAAUUGUCGUGUGUAACAUGCCAGCUGCCUCCGUAGAAGAGACAGCUGACUCCACACUGUGUCACAUCCUCACCUUGUACCGGCGCACCACAUGGCUCCAUCAGGCUCUCCGGGAGGGCACGCGGGUCCAGAGCGUGGAGCAGAUUCGAGAAGUGGCUUCAGGAGCGGCGAGGAUCAGAGGGGAGACACUGGGACUCAUCGGACUCGGUCGAGUGGGCCAGGCCGUAGCCCUGCGAGCCAAAACAUUUGGCUUCAAUGUCAUUUUUUAUGAUCCCUAUUUGGCUGACGGCGUGGAGAGAUCCCUGGGGCUUCAAAGGGUCACCACGCUACAGGAUCUGCUCUUUCAUUCUGACUGUGUGUCACUGCACUGCAGCCUGAAUGAACACAACCACCACCUCAUCAACGACUUCACCGUCAAGCAGAUGCGUCAGGGGGCAUUCCUGGUCAACACGGCCAGGGGGGGUUUGGUGGAUGAGAAGGCCCUGGCCCAGGCCCUGAAGGAUGGAAGGAUACGCGGCGCUGCCCUGGAUGUUCACGAGACGGAGCCUUUCAGUUUCAGUCAGGGUCCCCUGAAGGACGCGCCCAACCUGAUCUGCACCCCUCAUGCCGCCUGGUACAGUGAACAGGCCUCGCUGGAGAUGCGGGAGGAGGCGGCCAGGGAGAUCCGAAGAGCCAUUACAGGUCGUAUUCCAGACAGUUUGAAGAACUGCGUCAACAAGGAGUUCCUGACCCAGAACAACCACUGGACGGCAGUCGAACCGGCCAACGUCCACCCAGAACUCAACGGAGCCUACAGGUACCCGCCGGGGGUUGUGAGCAUGACUGCCGGCGGCCUCCCGCCCCCCGUGGAGGGCAUCGUGCCCAGCGCAGUGCCCGUCGUGCACCCUCUCCCGCCGGCAGUCGCGCACCCGCCGCACACCCCGUCGCCUGGACAGAACACGGUCAAGCCACCAGAGAGUGACAGAGAACAGCAUCCAAAUGAGCAGCUGUAGUCCAAAAGCACAACGGGAAGUAAAAGUCCAGUAAAUAACUACUGAUUCCAAAAUGUACAGGACAUCGGCACUACGUCGCUUGUUGACACUCCAACGAGAGCCAAGAAGACGAUAGUGACGGUCAGGAAAUGCAAAGAGCUCAUCUGCGACUGAGAGAAGAAUAAUCUUUUUGACUGUCGUGUGUCCAAAAUUUCCCAUCGGUCUCUUCUUUUUUUUUUUCCCUCACCGUCAUUCCUUGGGCAUAGGAGCAAAAAAAAAAAAAAACCCCAACAAAACAGUAGUCUCUAGAAUGUAAGUUGUACAAACGGACAGCUUUUAGACCAUGUUUCCCAACCUUUGAAAGAGCCAAUGCUCAUUAUUUUAUGUGAGAAAAAUCUUAUGGCACAAAUGUCACAAAAAGUAGACACAUGGGGUACCGAUUUUUCUUUCUUAAAAACAGAGUUACGGUGGGACUGGACCGGAAUCAUGACAUUCCAAUUCGUUUAUUUACCAUUCGAGUGGAUUAAGAUAUGAGCGCAGUCAUGGAAUAAAUUAAACUUGAAAGCCAAGGUACCACCAUACACCAAAAUAAUGAGAUCCUGUUGACCAACAUUUACCACAUCUUACCCACAAAUUCUCUGGGCAUGUUAAACUCGAACACAAAAAUAUUAUUGUGCCAUGUAGUGGAGGAGUAUCUAACUCAAAUCCCUGAUAUGUCUUCAUCAAUGUUGUCAAUAAACAAUUGAAAUGGGGGGCGGGAGGUGUAUAGUUUCCACACCUCAUAAUCUCUCACGGCAUAUCAGGCACAGAGGUUGGGAAUCGCGGUUUUAAACUGGAGGCUGGAAGUUGCCGGAAAAGAACUACAUUCAUCUGUGCGAGAUUUUUCCUUAACCAGCCACCCCGAAACUGAGGCAGCUGUUUUGCACACCAUCUCAGGAACUUCAGUUUCCGCAGUUGGUCUGUUAUUGACUUUAUUUCCUGCCGUUUAGUGCUUCUCUUUGUAGUUCUUUGGGAAUCCUGGCCUUUGGUUACAACUCAAAGUGCUUGGGUAGUUUGCUGUCGUUUGUACAUAGCGUGCCAUUUCCAAGAGAUUGCACGGUUGGAGACAGGUGGCGAAAUACUCUGCUUGGCAUUGAAAUGUUUUGUCAGUGAUGUUGGGACGAUGCCAGGCGAUGCACCGAGACUCUGUACUGUAGCAGAAUUAAAUGUGUAGAGUGUGCCCCCGCUAUCUCGCGUUCACCGACCGCAGCCCCGCUACGUCGCACAUUUUUCAUAUGGGACGUAUCUAUUUAUCUAGCGUGGAAAGCUGCACUUAAUAGGCGUCAUUUUUGUCCAGCGUUCUUACAGUAUACUUCGUUGCUGUAAUGCCUUCGCAUGUGGAACUAUUUCUACAAUGCGCUUUUCAGUUAGAGAAUAAAACACAUCAAUCCUGGCCUGAAACAGUCAUUUGAAACCACAACCCUUGUUUGAAACCCUCAAGACUUGAACCCUGAUUUGAAAGCCUAACUGGAACUGGUAAACCGGUUUUGAAACCCUACUUGGAAAGCUCAACUUUUGUUUGAAACCCUCCUUUGAAAUCAUACAUCUGGUUUAAAACCCGAACCCUGGCUUGGAACCAAAAUUUGAAACAGUAGCCCUGUUUUGAACGCCUAAUCGAAAUAUUAAUCUUGGAUUAAAAUUGAAAUGUGAACUUGUUUGAAACCAGAACUUGAAAUCCUAUACGUAGCAUGAACCCCGACUUUAAAAUCAUGCAUCUGGUUUGAAACCCUAAUUUUGAACCCGAACAACUCUUUCAAAACCCUAACCCUGUCUUCAAACCAUAACCUAUUAUUUUGAACCUCUAAACCGGUCUUGAAACCUAAACUUGUAGCCCUAACCCUGGUUUAAAACUCUUAAUUUAAAUGCCUAAGCAACACAAGUGUGGCCACUAACUUCUCUCUCUGUCCCAGUUAACUCACUCAAUAAGCCGACUGACUCUUAUUAAGUCUGUUUAAGGGGUGAAACUAUCUACAUUUUUUUUUUUAAUGUCUGCCUAUAUGGCAGAUUUUCACCUACGGCAGGUGCGUCUGCAACGUAGCUCCGGCAAUAAAUGGGGGUUCACUCUAGUAUAUCUUUUUCGUGAUCCAGAGCUUCCACCGCAAAUACAGCUCUGGACUUCGGCACAAGGUUUGCCCCCUUCAAAAAUCAUCCAAAUCCUCUGUUUCCUACCGUGGUUCCUUACUUUGAAGCAUUUGGAUAAAGCACCAGAGUGGAUAGUACAACGCUACCUUUAACAUUUCAUGAUGGGUCCUUACUAAGUGUACCGUUUGGCCACCGAUGUGCUCUCCGUGUCCGUACGUGUGCAUAUUGUGGUGGUGUUUUUCUGCCUGCCUGUGUCAAUGUGACUUGGUUUGUAUCUGUGUCUAAAAAGCAGCGCUGCGAGCGGGAGUGCAGGGCUCCUCAAGGCAUCGUCACUGAGGGUACGUUCACCUGCGUCGGUUGAAGCGAGCUACCCGUGCGCUGCUUAUUGUACUUUACGUUUGUUUGGUCAAGCGUUCAACUAUAGACGAGUGUAAAGGCUUCCAUCGGAGUUUACAGCUAAAACGUCACAAUGCGUGGGACUACAAUUCUUUGCUUUGUUUCUUUGUCAUGAUUAUUGUUGGGCGUAGGAAAAAAAAACCUCUCAAGAAGCCAUGCCCGAAAAAGCCCAAGAAGUUUGCCGUUUUAGCGACAUUUUGGCCAUUCAUGCCAAUUUGAAAAUUCACAUGAACUUUGGUAGGCACAUUUAUCAUGAGUAGACCCAUAAAAAUGUUUCACAAACGCAUGACUGAUGACUCAGGAAGUCACCCAUUUUGGUUCAAAGUGUCCAAUUUAGGGUCAAGUGGCUCAGUAGGCACGCGAUCGG